CUUGAUAUUAGCAGCAAGGUCGAGCAGGGACAACUGUCUCUUAACAUUUAGGAUAACGUUACCUCAGCCAUGGAGCCGUGGAAAGACAGCACAUGUUGACAACGUGCUUCAGCUGCUAACAUACAAGGAAGAUGAGGACGUCUCAAGGAGUCUGUAGCGUCUGUGUAGCCGUGUCAGGGAGCUGUCGUCACAGUGCUGUAUAGAGUCAGGCUAACAGGAGAGCUCAGCUAGCUGACGCUUACCGGUAAACAUGAGUUCCGCUCCAGAUCACGGUCCCGUUACAGAGACGGUGUCCAGCAAACCCGCCUCUGCUGUCUCUAUAGCCGGACAUGUCCGCCAGAUGUUCGGCCAUGUGAAGAUAGAGAACCUGGUGGCAGGACUGAGUGGAGGAGUGGUGUCAACUCUGGUGCUGCACCCUCUGGAUCUGGUCAAGAUCAGGUUUGCAGUAAGUGAUGGAUUGGACUUAAGACCAAAGUACAGUGGCAUGUUGCACUGUAUGAAGAGUGUUUGGCACCAGGAGGGACUCAGAGGACUCUACCAAGGAGUGACACCCAAUAUCUGGGGUGCUGGAGCAUCUUGGGGUCUCUACUUCUUUUUAUACAAUGCGAUCAAAGGGUACACGAAGGAGGGCCGUCAAACUGAACUGAGUGCCACGGAGCACCUGGUGUCUGCAGCCGAAGCAGGCAUCCUGACGCUCACCCUGACCAACCCAAUCUGGGUGACCAAGACGCGGCUGGUGCUCCAGUACAACGCUGACCCGGGCGGUAAACAGUACAGGGGGAUGAUAGAUGCUCUGGUCAAGAUCUACCGCCACGAGGGAGUGCGAGGACUAUACAAGGGUUAUGUUCCCGGUCUGUUUGGCACGUCUCACGGAGCGCUGCAGUUCAUGGCCUACGAAGAGCUCAAGAGAGACUACAACAAAUACAAGAAAGUGCCUUCAGAUGCAAAGCUGAGUGCAUGGGAAUAUAUCACAAUGGCAGCAUUAUCCAAAAUAUUUGCUGUGGCCACAACAUACCCGUAUCAGGUGGUGCGAGCUCGCCUGCAAGACCAGCACAAUACAUACAAUGGAGUUAUUGAUGUCAUCACACGGACAUGGAGGAAUGAAGGCACCGUUGGUUUCUACAAAGGCAUCAUCCCCAACGUGAUUCGCGUCACUCCUGCAUGCUGCAUCACCUUCGUAGUUUACGAGAAUGUGUCUCGCUACCUUCUGGAACAAAGUCAAUGAUGCUUGAAAGCGCGGCGUGGACAGCCGCAAAGACUCUGAGCUCACACUGACACUUUCAGAGAUCCAGAGAGAAACGUACCCCAGACUGAAACCCAACUCUCGGGCGCAGCGUACGUGUAAAUCCGCCGACGUGAGAAGCAUUCAUUUGCACUGAAAAUGCAUGGAAAAAGUUGCCAAACUGAGCGAAGGAAUCAGCUGUGGAUUUUCAUAAACACUUUGACUUACGGGGGGAAAUAAAUUGCUGCCGUUUUAUGAUGGACAAGUUCUCAUUUUUAUCAGAGGAGGUUGAUCAACGUUUCAUCAUAUUUAGUUAUGUUUACAUUUCAUGUUUUCUGGCAGCAGAAAGGGAUACAUGCUGAAAUAUGAAAAAGCUGAUUGUUAACAGCAAAUUGGAAAUCUUCUCAGGGUCAGAGUCGCAUGUGUGUGUAAUAAUAGUUUGUCUCUUUUAAAUUAUUUCUUUUUGUAAACGGACGGUAACAAUGGAGAUGAUUUUUGUUCCAAACACACCAAUACAUUUGCUUCCUGGCGACAUAUUGUAACUGUAUUGCUUUAUAAUAUUUUAUUAUAAAAUCCAAACUGCUUUA